CGCCCCCUCCUCGCCCGAGGCGGGGCGAGCGCGGGGUGCAGGCGGGAGGCAGGUGGUGCGCGCUCGGGCAGAGGUGGCGGCGGCGGCCGCGAGGCCAGACCGCCCGGCGGGUGCGCGCUUUGUUCCCGCGCGGCGACCCCCGCGUGGCCCUGCGGCCGCCAGCGCCCCGCCCCGCCCGAACCAGAGGAGACGGUGGCCGCCGGAGCGCUGGGGCGCAGCAGGACGACGAGGAGAGAGCGCCCGCCGCCGGGGGACAGGGACCGGGACCCGGGCCCCAACAGGACAGAUAAGGCCGCAGCGAUGCCCGACUCCCCUGCAGAGGUGAAGACACAGCCUCGGGCCACGCCGCCCAGCAUGCCACCCCCACCGCCCGCCACAUCCCAGGGGGCCACACGCCCACCCUCCUUCACGCCGCACACACAUGGCGAGGAUGGACCUGCGACGUCUCUGCCCCACGGCCGUUUCCACGGCUGCUUAAAGUGGUCCAUGGUCUGUCUCUUGAUGAACGGCGGGAGCCACUCGCCCACGGCUGUGCACGGUGCCCCGUCCACGCCCAAUGGCUUCAGCAACGGCCCGGCCACUUCAUGCUCGGCUGCGCUGUCCACACAGCACCUGCCCCCGGCCUGCGGGGCCCGGCAGCUCAGCAAGCUGAAGCGUUUCCUCAGCACCCUGCAGCAGUUUGGCAGCGACAUUUCGCCCGAGAUCGGGGAGCGUGUGCGCAUGCUGGUGUUGGGGCUGGUGAACUCCACGCUGACGAUCGAGGAGUUCCACUCCAAGCUGCAAGAGGCCACCAACUUCCCUCUGCGGCCGUUCGUCAUCCCCUUCCUGAAGGCCAACCUGCCCCUGCUGCAGCGUGAGCUACUGCACUGUGCCCACCUGGCCAAGCAGACACCCGCCCAGUACCUGGCACAACACGAGGAGACGCUGCUGGACACCAGCACAACCUCCCCUGGGGACUCCUCCGAGCUCCUGCUGGAGGUGAACGAGAACGGCAAGAGGCGGACGCCCGACAGGACCAAAGAGAAUGAGUCGGACAGUGACCCGUCACACCCUGAGCACCUCAGCAAACGGCCGUGCACCCUGAGCCCCGCCCAGCGCUACAGCCCCAGCAAUGGGCUGCCACACCCCAUGCCACCCCCACACUACCGCCUGGAGGACAUGGCCAUGGCCCACCACUUCCGAGACCCCUACCGCCCCCCUGACCCCCGAGAGCUGCGGGAGCGCCACCGGCAGCUCGCAGUACCUGGGUCCCGGCAGGAAGAAGUGAUCGACCACAGGCUCACGGAGCGCGAGUGGGCGGAGGAGUGGAAACACCUCAACAACCUCCUGAACUGCAUCAUGGACAUGGUGGAGAAGACCCGCCGCUCACUGACCGUGCUGCGCCGGUGCCAGGAGGCCGACCGUGAGGAGCUCAACCACUGGAUCCGGCGCUACAGCGACAGCGAGGAUGGCAAGAAGGGCUCCGCUCCUGCCCGGCCCCUCAGCAGCUCCGGCCCCGAGGGGUCUCAACUAGACCCACACCGGGAGCUCAUGCCCAGAGCGCUGUCCGGCUACAUGCCUGAGGAGAUCUGGAGGAAGGCUGAGGAAGCUGUGAACGAGGUAAAGCGUCAGGCGAUGUCAGAGCUGCAGAAAGCCGUGUCGGAUGCAGAGCGUAAAGCCCACGAGCUCAUCACCACGGAGCGCGCCAAGAUGGAGCGGGCCCUGGCUGAGGCCAAGCGCCAGGCCUCUGAGGACGCCCUGACCGUCAUCAACCAGCAGGAGGACUCCAGCGAGAGCUGCUGGAACUGCGGGCGGAAGGCCAGUGAGACCUGCAGCGGCUGCAAUGCGGCGCGCUACUGCGGCUCCUUCUGCCAGCACAAGGACUGGGAGAAGCACCACCACGUGUGUGGCCAGAGCCUGCAGGGCCCCACCGCUGCCGUGGCUGACCCGCUGCCCCGGCAGCCGGACGUCACCGCCAGCCCCAGUGAAGCUGGCUCCGCAGGGCCCUCUCGCCCAGGCUCCCCCGGGCCACCUGGCCCUCUGGAUGCCGCUGUGCCCCGCUGACCCUUCCAGGCCCUGAUGCCCGGCCCAUGGAUGCCACGCCCCGCCAACCCUGGCCCAGUCUGGCUGCCGGACGCCUGGCCAGCCGGCGGGAAACACUGCUGCUACUGCUUCUGUCCAAAAGCAUCACAGAACCAACCAGAGCUGCACGGCAGCCUCCUCAGCUACCUGACACGACCGUCCACCACGACCUCUGCCUGGCACCCUCCUGAGCCGGUGGCCAAGCUCCAGCAGCCAUGGCGCCAGUGGAGCGUGCCAGCUCGCCCACCGUCUGUCCCCCGUCCCGUGUCUGUCUUGUCUGUCUCCCACUGUCUCUCAUCUUCGUUCUGUCUUUAUGACUUCCACACGCUUUCCCUAUGAGGAAGAAAGCCUAACUGGUGACUCGUUUUCAGUGAAGAAUUUGGAGGAUUUUGCUUUGUUGACAAAAGAGCUUCUCAGAAAAGGACAAGGAUGCCCGUGGGGUUCUCCCGCUUCCUGAGUGAAAGGGGAAGAACUGAUUCUGUAUCCAGAGACCUGAGCUCACUGUGCCACCCGGGCCACCCCAGGGGCACCCGGCAGACGCAGCCACACAGUGAGGAAGAUUUCAGUUUCCAACUCAAGAAGCAUUUUGGUUUCAGGUUAUUGUGGUGGGGUUUGUUUGGUUGGUUGGUCCUUUUUUUUUUUUUAAUGUCAGACUUUUUGGCUUUAAGUAAAAAUCCAAAAAGGUUUUUUUAAAAAGCAAAGGAGACAUACCUGUAAACUACCUUGCUAGCUAGCCAGCCAAGGAUACCGGACACACCUCUGCUCCAAAGGAAACCCAGAAAGCAAACACAAGAAGUCAAAAUCCAAAACGCUUUUCCACUGCCAAAGUAUUCCUUUCACUGUUUCAGUCCGGCCUGGGUUCAUUUGGAUGCUGGUCUUUUGUUUGGUUUUGAUUGGGUGCUGGGAUUCUGGGGUCCAGAGGGUCCGGUCCCAGAAGCGACCUCCCGUGUCCCUGCAGCUCUGCAGCCCCUCACCAGGCAGAGCCGGCAGCGCGGCGUCCCUGGGCCCGCACCAGUGUGCGUCCUGCCCGGUCAGGGAGACCUGUCUGUCCUCGAGCCUGCAACUGUCCAUAUUUCAUUUCUCUACUUGUGAAAAGAAAAAAAAAAGUGCUAACGUGUUCUUCCCGGAGAGAGCACAACUCUGAAACAAAACUGUGACAAUCUUUCGGGUUGAUUCCUGCUGUUUUCAGAGCGGAAGGCGGCGGCCGCUCCCGGAACCCUGCCUCCAUCCUCCACUGCUACCUCUCUCGGCUCCCACCGGACACCUUCAAACUUUGCAGGAAAAAGCAAACUCACAGAUUAAAGCAGCCGCCCUCCCUCCCCUCAAAGACUCAUGCUCAGCUGUACAUAACCCUGUGUCCAUUGUCCGUCCAGCCAGCCAGCUAUUCUUCAGCCCUGGGGACAGGACACUCCCCCAACCUGUUCUCCCACCCUACCCCCACCCACGUGACGCCCUCGGCAUCUUGAGAUGGAGAUGCGGGGGAGACUCAGCACCCAAGACAGACCGGGCCUGCUCUCCGCAUGCAGCAGCAGCGGAGGCGUGAAGGACUUGAGUGCAAUAGGGGUCCGUGGGGCCCGUGCCCACGCGAGGCCUGCGCGUGAAUGUGAAUGUACAUAGCUCUACAGAGGUCCAAAUAAUGGUGUCCACAAGGAUGGUAAAAGGUAUUUGCCAAAUAAAGAGAAAUCACACACA